AUGUCUAUCGUCAACUCUGGUCCCAGCGAUACGCAGUGGGAGUUUGCUGGCGAGAGGAAGAUGGGAUUUGUGGCUCGGUCCAUCAAGUCUCGACGAUUCCCGUUCUCACAGCUCAGCAAUCUCAUUCUCCGUACAGAGCAGCUCAAAAUGGCGCGAAGGAAGAGAAGGUCGGGAUUGGUCAAGUGUGAGUGGAGACGAGAGGAUGUUAUCUCAUCUAGUGUCACGGCAGUCAUGCGAGCUCCGUUUGAGCUGAAGUACACCCUAGACGACUCCGAGCGUCGUGCACUGGUCGCAUACCUCAGGACGUUGCUGAACAAGAGAAUUUCAAUGGCCAAGAUAGAGGCUGCUCUACCAAAGACGUGUAUGCGGGCGGGCAAGGUUCGCGUCCUGGGUGAACGACCUUCAAUAUGUGGUUCUUGGGCAGCUUCACGGUAUUCGCGAGAUAAACAUCAUGAUUCCUCCUUUGUUCGACUCGAGCUUACAGUUGCAAGACUCGGCCAAGACGGGGGUGUCGAAGAGGUGCCGACAUGCUUUUAUGCGCAGCUUCAUUAUAUAGCCCACGUAACGCUCCUUGGUGAUUCUUCUUUGGAUCUGGAUAACAAUAAGGAGCAAUUACUCGCCCUCGUCAGCAUUUGCGACUGUGAUGGGGACGCAACAGAGAAGAAGGUAUGGUACAAGAAGUUCCGACCUCCUCGAUUUGUUCAUGUUGAUACUAUUCAAUGCGGUGCUGGGAGAGUAGAGAUCGGCGGCCAACGGUGGGGAAUCAUUGAUACCAGCCCCCACUGUUCGCGGACUCAGUUUGGUGACUAUGCCAAUGACGAUGAAGAGAAUUUUGUGUUAAAUGUGAUCCAAUGA